CUGUCAAAUGUCCGGACAUGUCCAGUCCCCACACGGUGGAAUGACCUGCGACAGCGGCUACUUUUUCCGGUAUCCUGAAGUCUGCAACUUUACCUGCGACCGAGGCUACGAGCUCACGACUCCUACAAGCAGCAGCGAGAGACGCUGUCGGGCUGAUGCAACCUGGUCUGGAAACAACGCUGUGUGCAUCGGCGUUCAGUGCCCAGCCCUGUCCAUUCCAGCCAAUGGGAGAAUGUCCUGUGAUAACGGCUCCUCCUUCCGGUUUCCUGAGAACUGCAGUUUCUCCUGUGACCCAGGCUACGAGCUACAAGUGAGCGGCAACAACAGUAGGACCUGCCAAGCCGAUGGUACAUGGUCUGGGGGUGAUGUCACGUGUAUAGCUCCGGACAACAGAGGCACCGAGUUCAUGGUUGGGUUUCUCCAGAACGCCUACACUGGAUCUUCAGAUCCGGAGCUUGAGUUGUUCAUCACCAGCGCAAGUUCCACUCCCGCCUCAGUCACCGUUUCUGCCCCUUAUGUGGGUUUUACCCGCCACCUUACGGUCACAAAUGCAGCAGUGCAGGUCGUGAAGUUAUCGGAGUCCCUCGCACUAAGCGGUAACGAAAAGGCACAGAAGGGUGUUUCCAUAACAUCAGAUACAGAAAUCAUCGUAUACGGUGUCAACAAGGUAUAUGCUUCAACGGACGGGUUCCUUGGUCUCCCAAAAGAUGUCCUUGGAAACGAAUAUUUUGUAGCUUCAUACAUCCCGUAUCAGCCGUCAGAAUUUGGCAUUUUUGGUACUGAAGACAGCACCAAUGUUAGGAUCACUUUACGGGGAAAUACUGUGUAUGAAGGAGUGCCUUACUCCCCUGGAAGUGUGGUAAGGUUGGUUCUGAACAAAUUUGAAGCUGUUCAGUUCCAGGGAUCUGACCUUACAGGUACGCACAUCACAUCAAACAAGCCUGUUACCCUCAUGUCUGGUGUUCAGUGUGUCAACGUCCCAGCUGGAGUCAGUGCUUGUGACCACAUCGUGGAGCAAAUCCCCCCUGUGGACUCCUGGGGCAGACAGUUUGUAACAGUCCCUCUUGCUGUCCGUACGAGAGGCGACAUUUUCCGCAUCGUCGCUGCCAGAGACGGCACCAUAGUCAGUGUGACGGGACAUCCAGCUAGAUUGCUUCAUUCGGGGGACUUUUUGGAGCUGGAUGUUCCGUCUAACGUCUAUCAGUUCAUCACGUCAUCCAAGCCGAUCAUGGUUCUGCAGUACAACAAGGGAACCGCCGCUGACGGUGUCAAUACAGACCCGUUCAUGAUGUACGUUCCCCCAAUUGAACACUUUGCCGCUGACUAUACUUUCACCACUGUAGAUGCCGUGGGCUCAGUGUUUGACAACUACAUCAACGUUGUCAUAAAAACCGCCGAGAAAUCCGGACUCCUCUUUGACGGACGCCCUCUUCCAUCCUCCAUAUCAUGGGUACCAAUUCCUGGCACAGACCUGUCCGCUGCACAACUGCACAUCACCACGGUUGGCACUCACAAGAUCAAGCACAACUCCCCCCUCGUCACCUUCUCUGUUUUCUACUACGGCUACUCCUACUAUGACUCAGUCGGCUUUCCUGGGGGCACGCGGUUUGCACAUAUCUCUACCAAUUCCUAGAUAGCCAGAGUACAGCUAGUAGAUGGGACUGAAGAAUUAGUUGCUAUAUUAGAUAGUAGAUAUAGUAUUGCCAUCACUAAUGGUUUAAACCUCGC